AUGCGAGGGAAUGAGGAGCGUGGGGCAGGGGGACGACUGGGGCAGUGGAGAGCAUGUGGCUCUGCGCGCCCCUCUUGUGCUCCUGGACCUCUGUCUCGCUGCGUGGCUUAUUCUAACCGCUCUCACCACAAAGGCGCAGGUGAGGGGGUGCAAGUAUGGCAAAACAACAGGGCGUGUGAGGCAGUGAGGAGCGUGGGGCAGUUGGACGAUUGGGGCAGUGGAGAGCAUGUGGCUUUGCGCGCCCCUCUUGUGCUCCUGGACCUCUGUCUCGCUGCGUGGCUCAUCCGGGCCUCUCUUGCUACCAAGGAGCAGGUGAGCGAUGGCAAUGUGGGUGGAGCAGUGGUGAGCGAUGGCAAUGUGGGUGGAGCAGUGGUGAGCGAUGGCAAUGUGGGUGGAGCAGUGGUGAGCGAUGGCAAUGUGGGUGGAGCAGUGGUGAGCGAUGGCAAUGUGGGUGGAGCAGUGGUGAGCGAUGGCAAUGUGGGUGGAGCAGUGGUGAGCGAUGGCAAUGUGGGUGGAGCAGUGGUGAGCGAUGGCAAUGUGGGUGGAGCAGUGGUGAGCGAUGGCAAUGUGGGUGGAGCAGUGGUGAGCGAUGGCAAUGUGGGUGGAGCAGUGGUGAGCGAUGGCAAUGUGGGUGGAGCAGUGGUGAGCGAUGGCAAUGUGGGUGGAGCAGUGGUGAGCGAUGGCAAUGUGGGUGGAGUAGUGGUGAGCGAUGGCAAUGUGGGUGGAGCAGUGGUGAGCGAUGGCAAUGUGGGUGGAGCAGUGGUGAGCGAUGGCAAUGUGGGUGGAGCAGUGGUGAGCGAUAGCAAUGUGGGUGGAGCAGUGGUGCGCGCUCCCCUCGUGCUCCCCUCGUGCUCCCCUCGUGCUCCCCUCGUGCUCCCCUCGUGCUCCCCUCGUGCUCCCCUCGUGCUCCCCUCGUGCUCCCCUCGUGCUCCCCUCGUGCUCCCCUCGUGCUCCCCUCGUGCUCCCCUCGUGCUCCCCUCGUGCUCCCCUCGUGCUCCCCUCGUGCUCCCCUCGUGCUCCCCUCGUGCUCCCCUCGUGCUCCUGGACCUCUGUCUGGCUGCCAGUCUCGUCAGGGCUGCUGCUGCUGCCAAGGAGCAGGUAGGCGAUGGCAAUGUGGGUGGCACAGUGUGGUAA